AUGAAGUUGGUGGCAUACCUCGCUCUCCUCGCCGCGGCAGCCCACGCCGGUCUGUUGACGGAGAGGCCAAGUUGCCCGGAUGUCUGCGUCGCGUCUCGGUGCCCCCCUGCCUCGCGGCAGCCCUGCUACUACGGCCGCGUGCAGGACGGCUGCGGCUGCUGCACGGUGUGCGCGGCCGGGGAGGGGGAGGCCUGCGGGGAGCGGGGUCCCCCCUGCGGAACGGGGCUGCAGUGCGACGCCGUCGCGGGGGGCGGGCUCCGCGGCUCCUGCGUGUGCGCCUCGUCCGGCCCGGUGUGCGGCAGCGACGGGCGCACGUACCCCAGCGUCUGCCGCCUGAGAGCCCAGAACACCAGAGCGGAGCUCGGUGAGGGCCCCCCGGUCAUUGUGAUCCAGAGGGGUUCGUGUGAUUCCGGAAUGCAACGUCAAGGAGGUAUGCGCCACAAGUUCAACUUCAUCGCAGAUGUGGUGGACAAGAUCGUCCCAGCUGUGGUGCACUUGGAGCUUUUCCAACGAGGGCCAUUUUCCAGCGAGGAGGUCUCUCUGUCCAGUGGCUCUGGGUUUGUAUUGUCAGAGAACGGCUGGAUCCUCACCAGUGCUCACGUGCUCAACAACAAGCAGCGGAUAAACGUGGUGCUGAAAAGCGGUUUGCGGUACGACGCUUCCCUCAAGGACGUGGACCAGAAGAUGGACAUUGCUCUCAUCAAAAUCGAACCAGAUAGUCCCCUGCCCGCGCUCCAUCUCGGCCUGUCCUCGGACAUGCGUCCCGGUGAGUUUGUGGUGGCGGUGGGAAGCCCUUUCUCCCUGCAGAACACCAUCACCACGGGCAUCAUCAGCAACGCGCAGCGCAACGGACUGGAGCUGGGCUUUAAGGACUCGGACAUGGACUACAUCCAAACCGACGCCGUCAUUAAUUACGGCAACUCUGGUGGGCCGCUCGUCAACUUGGAUGGAGAUGUAAUUGGCAUAAAUACCAUGAAAGUGGCGGCGGGAAUCUCUUUUGCCGUCCCUUCCGACAGAAUACGACACUUCCUGGCUGACUCCUUCAACAGACAAGUCAACCGAAAACCUGGAUUAACAGAGAAACACAUAGGCGUCCUGAUGCUGCAGCUCUCACCAUUUUUGAUCCAAAAUCUCAAGGAGCGUCUGGGCGAGUUUCCCGAUGUGAUCUCAGGUGUUUACAUCUAUGAGGUAAUACCUGGAAGACCUGCAUCCAGCGCCGGCUUCAUCGACCACGACGUCAUCGUCCGCAUCAACGGUCGGCCCGUCCACACCACACAGGAAGUGAGGGAAGCCGUCCGGAGCGGCGGCGCGCUUUCGGUGACCGUGAGGCGAAGGCGUGAGGAGGUCACUCUGACGGUCACCCCUGAGGACGUUGAAUGAUGCCACUCACUGCACAUGGGGACCGCCGAAGCUACUGAUCCGCUGGUUGCUUCGUUGACGGUUUCGCCGAGGUUUCUCUCCGCUGGUGGCCUGGCAUCAAUGCUGUGGAGCGCUUGUGGAAGGUGGUGCUUCAGGCUUGUAGUACUUCAGGCUCACGGUGCUCAUCGCGGUUUGCAGUGUUUACAAAUAGCUUUGCUUGUAUAGACUACGCCGUCUGGUAGAGAUCCUGCAGUGCAGCAGUGUUAAGCCCCUCCCAAUGCUAAAUAAAAAUGCUUUUAUGCAUGAUAAAAUCAUUGUAGCUUGAUCUAUGGUGCCGCUGUUGAAAAAGGAUCAUAUGGAAUACCGGCUGUCAAUAUAAUAUAGAACAUACUUUAACAGGAUGUUAGAGGAAACUUUAUUGAGGACAAGUAGUGAAACAAAUACAGUAAAAAUACAUACAGUACACCCAUCCUCAAACUGAUAAUAAAUAACAUGAAUAUUUGGAAUACUAUGAAAUAUUCCCAUACUUUGAAAGCAGAAAGAGUGUUGUCCUGGUGCAAAGCAACAUAAUGAGAUGAUCCCCGCCUGCAUCAGCUGACUCUACUGGUGCCAAGUGCUAAUGAGAAAUAAAAUAGACUGAGAGGACGCUCCGUACCGUGAGCCACGGCGGCAGCUAACAGCGGCAGAUCCAGCAUGGGGCACUUUGGGUUCCUUCUCAUUGUGGCAACAGGAGGAACUCCGGUUCCCCAGGAGCACAUUAAGCAGCUUUAAGAAAAAAAGAUGGAAAAGCCAAAUAAAGAUGUACGCCAGUGUGGCACAACCUGAACCCUGA